AGGAUGCCAUGCUUAUGUUUGACAAGACUACUAACAGACACAGAGGUUUCGGCUUUGUGACUUUUGAGAUGGAGGAAGUAGUGGAGAAGGUCUGCGAGAUCCAUUUUCACGAAAUCAAUAAUAAAAUGGUAGAAUGCAAGAAAGCCCAGCCCAAGGAGGUGAUGUUCCCUCCGGGCACGCGAGGCCGCGCCAGGGGCCUGCCCUACACCAUGGACGCCUUCAUGCUGGGCAUGGGCAUGCUGAGUUACCCCAACAUCGUUGCAACGUACGGCCGAGGAUACACCGGCUUCGCCCCCAGCUACAGCUACCAGUUCCCCGGCUUCCCAGCGACGGCGUAUGGACCAGUGGCGGCGGCGGUGGCGGCGGCGCGUGGCUCAGGGUUCCCCGAUUACGGGUUCUAUUCUGCGGCCGGUGGCGACGUGCGGGGACCCCCCUACUCCCUUGCGGACUAUGGUUCCCUGGGGCCCCCCCAGGCUGCUCAGAUGCUGCACAGCGAGCACGCCAGCUCGGCCUGCACCUCUCCCCUCCAGCACCUGCACAGCCCGGACCCCUUUAAGAGCCCAGGCACCAACCCGGCCCGGCCCGGAGCCUUCCCAGGCGCCAACAGCCCCGGUCCGGUGGCCGACCUGUACGGUCCAGCUAGCCAGGAUUCUGCCGUGGGCAACUACAUCAGUGCCGCCAGCCCCCAGCCUGGUUCUGGCUUCGGGCACAGCAUCGCUGGCCCGUUGAUUGCAACAGCUUUUACAAAUGGAUACCAUUGAACGCUAACAGGUGGUUGGUUGCCAUCUCAUUUGAGCAGAGUAUAACAGGAGGCCCGGGGAAGACCGGUCGGAGUUUCUAACUGCUUCUGUGUACAGGUGAUGCCAUAUAACAGCAAGCAUUACAGCAUCCACACACAGACUGAGAAUGGAGGUGGCACCAGGUGAAGAACAAAAAGAUAAAUCGGAAUCAUCUCAGAAAAAAGACUACAAUCUGCUGUACUAUAAUCCAACCCUGGCUUUUCAGAUACUAUCCAAGCGUAACCCAGUAUCUUUGUGUAGGAUUUGUUGAUGUUGUUUUGAUUUUUUCUUUAUCAAUUUAUCCUUAUUUCAAUCGGUUUAGAUUUUUCUUGAGUUUUGAGUCUCUCUUUGUUCAAGUUUAGAUUAAGCUUUAGAUUGUGAUAAAUAUUUUUGUGUAUCUUUAUCCUCUCAGAAAAGAGUAACGAUAUAUAUGUAAACUGGUUUGAUUCAGUUUUGUUUUCUUAUUUAGAGUUAUGUUGUAAUGGAUUGUUGUUUUUAUUACCAUUGGUAAUGAAAACAUCUUCAGGUGUCAGUUUGCACACACAAGACAACUGAUAUUAACCGAUGAGGCUUGAAAAGAGAUAGCUUCGGUUCAAAUAAAAGGGUAUACUAAUACAUUUUAUUCGCUUAUUCUUUAAAUUUUCCUCUUCCUUGUAAUAUCGUUACCAUAUUUACCUAUUUUGGGCAAUAAGAGGACUACAAUAUUUUCAAAGUCCUUUUUUAUAAAUGUUUUUGUUGUCCGGAGGAAGAAAAAAACUGUUUCCUUUUAAUACUUUGUGAAUUCAGAUUUUAAAAAAGAGGAAUAUUAUCAUGUAAAUAUUACUUCACUGCAUAUAAUGGUUUCAGAGAGAGAACCAUAUUUUUGUGAUGGUUUACCAGAGAGGGUCAUACUGUGCUCGGGUGCAGGUGUCCAAGAGAACAUUGAAAACUCUCAAGUCAAACAAAAAUCCAUUUGUAGCACAAAGGCCAUUAUAGACCAUUGAGAUGAGAACACUGUUGGCUUGCUCUGUAAAUAAUGUCAGCUUUCCUACUGUGGCCAAUGUCAUACCAGCAUAUUGUCUACAUGGUAAGCUAAGAUGUGCACAGCUUCAUAAAGAUGACACAAGGUUAAUACUGGACAUUUCAACAAAAUGUCCUUCAAACCAGACUUCUUUUGAUUCUUGCAAGUAAAAUAUUUUGUCGCUGCGACUUUGAAAGUCAAUACUAUAAAAAGAAAACCAUGACAAAAUCCAAAGCACACUUUUAUUGUGUAUCCAUAGGACAAACAUUUUAUGCUGAAGAGUGUCCCAAACAUUUCACACUUAUCUGCAACAUUUCAAUGUUUUCAUUUGACUUUGAAUGAUUGUCUUCAGUUUUGUUAAAGUUAUUUCAGCUUUUAGUUUUAUUCUUUUUAAAAUAACUUAGUUUUAAUGUGAUGGAGGCUAUAUUUAAAGGCAGAUAUAUUCAACCUCUUGGAUGUUAAAUGAUUAUUAUUAAGUAGGAUGGAAAUCUUUUGUUACCUCAGUCCUGUGAGUUUUGUCUUGGAAAAAAUGACAAAUUAAUUUAUUGUAGGCUGAAACAGAAUGCGAAUGGAUUAAAUAAAACAAGUUGUUGCACUGUGACUUUAUCAAAAAGGUUGUGACCAUAUUAUAUUUGCACAUUUCAAGUGGUGGUUAUUUGAAAUGGUCUGGUUCCAGGGAUAUGAAGGAUUGUUCUUCUAGAAUGUUGCAAUUGGAUUAUACGUUCUCAAAUUUUCUGCUGGAGAGUUUCCAAAAAAAGACUUAGUAUGUAAAAAAGAGAAAGAAAGUUGACACUAAAGCUGAUGUAAAUAAGGAUUAGCUCUCAAAUUAGAAACAGAUCUUUGAAAGUAAAAAUUAUCAAGGAUUCAAUGUGUUUAUAUGUUGAUUUGUUUCUCAAUGCAGAUAUGUUUAUGUAUGUCCGUUUUGCUUCAGUUUGUUCAAAACCAUAUGAAGCAGAGUGCUGGAUUAUUUUUACAAUUUAGAUGGGGACUUCAUCAAGUAAUAAUCUAAGGAUCUAAAACAAAAAUACAUGGUAUUAAUUAAAAAGAGAAGACGUAUGCUCCCACCCUUGAAUGCUUUCAAUUUUUAAGAAGGAUUUGUAUCAAUAUUUUUGUGGUUGUUAAUGAUUAUAUAAAUGAUAAUAAUAAUUAUAAUGCUAACAAUAAUAAAUAUUAUGUACUGUACAUCCAUCAGAUUCUCUCUCCAUUCCCUGUCACAUUAUAAAAUAAUCUUAUGUUGAUCAUCAAUGUAUUUCAGUAUUGUGUGAAAAAAGAAAAUUGCUAAUUACCUUGUAACGAGUGCUGUCUUUGAUGCCAGUGUAGUGGUCUAUACACUUCUUUGUUGACCCCUCUUUCUUCCCUCUCACUCUCCCUUUGUCGCUCUUCUGUCUCUCUCUCCUAGUAUCUAGUGGUAGAUGUUAUAUAGUUAAAUUAAGAAGUAGAUGUAGUUAUUAGCCAAUUUAGGACCAGUAAGGAUAGAACUUUCUCUUAUCAAUUACCAUAGUUAAACAAAAAUGCUGACAUUUGUUUUGGUAGCAUUUUCCCACCUAUUUUCUGUUUUGCUGAUCUCACGUGGUUUCAACUAACCAAAGCUCUCAUUGAAAACAUUUGAAGAAAAUAAAUUGCUUAAAGAUCGAAUUGUAAAAAAGGCAUUAAUUGGAUCCCCACCCUUGAAUGUUUCUAAAGGGGUGUGCCAUACUACCUUAAAUGCUAAUGCUAGAUAUGCAAAAUAGCUUUAGCUUUUUUUCAUGAGAGACACAUCUAUGGUUAUAAACAGGAUGGAGUUUAUCACAUAAAUGGAAAAAUCUUAUAUUUUUAGGAAGUUAAACUAGAUUAAUGAUUAUAAUGGUAAUAAUAACAAUAAUAACUAUUAUGGAUAUCAUUAAUCUAAGAUCUACGUUUAAUAUUUGUAAUCCUUAAAAUAUCCAAGUUGCCCAUAGCACUACUAAUUAGGAUUUUAAAUUGUAUUGUUUUACUUGUCAACUUAAAUUUAUUUAAUAUUUCUGUUUGGAUUACUUUUGGGGAAUUAUUUUAUACUCUUGGAACCAGCUCUUAACUUUAAUCAAAGCCAGGGUGUCACAACAUUUUGUUAUCAAACUGAAAUUACAUUGUAUUGUUAUUCAUUUAUAUUUCUAAUUAUGGUACAUCAAAUGCCAGGUAUACUUUGAAGUGAUUGUUGGUAAAGUAUGAAUUCGCUGUGUGCAAUAAUUUAUCUUAUCUUCCUGUGCGAAAGUUAUUGAUUAGUAUAAAAGUAAGCGAGUUAGUGAGAUCAAUGUAAAAUAUAAGAGCACCAUUGGAAGUAUUUUUUAAUUUUUUAUCUGAGGACUUUUUUAGGAUAGUAGAUCUCAUAGUGAAUAAGACCAUAAGCCCUAACGUGCUGUCUGGACAAGUUCUUGUCUCAGUGCCAUGUGUGCAGUGGUGCCACUACAAGAUUAUGUAUAGUUUUCACAAUUUCACAAUAGUGUCAAAAGAUUGCUCUUCUCAUAGUGAUAGCUGCAGUUCGAAGCCUUUGUAGACCAUUUAAACGUAAUGUUAUUUUCACGUUUUGUCCAAUUGAGUGCAGAUGAAGAGAGAGAAAAAUCUCCAGAACAGCAGACGUUUAAUGUCUCCACGUCUUCACACAAAUAAUGUCCUGGUUUAGCAUUUGAUUAAUGUAAAAGCUGGUUUUCAUAAAAAUAGUCAAUACCAUCAUUCAAUAGUUUCAUAAUUUUUAUUUUUAAUUUUUUUCGUAGCUUGGACUUUAAGGUAGCAUGGCUCUGUUGCUGUACUUUAAUUUCACAUUGACAGUUUACAGCCAAUGAAUGUUACACAUCUUGCUAGGUAUUCAUUGGAUAAUUGUUGGUUUAAAAAAUAUUUAUAAAAAGAGCAAAAAGAACAACAACAAAACAAAGAAAAAUACGACCUGGAAGGUGUUGGGUUAUAAUGGGAGCAUACUACCGUAUCCAUUUAAACUUGAAUCUUGAGGCAAGUGCUAGGCAAUGGCCAAACGAUCAUCCCGUCACUGAAUUAAGAUAGCGCACACAUACUGUAAUACCAGGUACAUAUGUAUAUACAUGUACACUGAUUAAGGAUAUAUGAGUGUAUAUAUCUGUUAAAUAUUUGUUUGUGUCUCAUGGCGGAGGGCUCAUUUUAGAUUAACUGACCUCCUUACGCUCUGAAAUGUUGAAGUAGCCAAACAUUGUUUGUAUGUCACACUUGGCAUAUUUCAUUUUUUUCCAUUAUGCUACAAAAUGGCUGUACUGGAAAAUGUGGGAUGUAGAGCUGUUAAUGAUACUUGGGUUAUAGUACAUUGUUUCAAACUGACAGAUGAUGGUUGGCCACACAUUAGCAGUGUGUGUGCUGUAGGUGAGCAGAAGCAAAUACAGUACUGUCACAAAUGUCAUGUGCAUUUCUCUGACAGGUGACCUUAUAGAUGUUUGUCUUUCAUGGCCCCUCCAGGGUUCACUCUCUCUGAUUGCCUUGCCCAUUCCUAACACUUGCCCAUUUUUUAAUGUUAACGGACUUUUUACCGUGAGAGCUGACUGAACGGACUGACUGUCUGAAAGCAUCUUUCAGGUCUUCUUGUAUGGCUUGCUCAAGCCCUGUUGUAAAAAUAAAAACUAAAGUGGAUGGGGGUCUCUCACAUCUCAGAUGUGGAAAGUAUAAUUUUAUAUUUGUAUUUUCAAAUAAUGAUAAUAAUGAAAAUGUUUGUGAAAGGUUUCCAUCCUCUACUGUGGUCCAGAAAUCAAUGUGUUUGUCUGGAAAAAAAAAUAAUAAAAAAAAUAAACUGUUUUGAAUCAUUUCAUUCAUUGUUUCUAAUUUCAAAUGUGACUGCAUUACGUGGUAUAGAAUUUCUUCUAAGAAGUAUAUUAUUAUUUUUUUUGCCAA